GGGGCUCGAGGGGCGGCGGGAGGGACGCGGGGACGCGCGGACGGCGGCCAGCAGCCUGCUCCGUCCCGCCCCGGACCGCCCUGCCUCCGUGGUCGACUUCCUUCCGGGACAGCGUACGCCACUUCCCCGGGCUGGCCACCCACUCGGUUACCCCCGGGUCCCCCGCCCCGCUCAGUCCACGCGGCUCCGUGGGGUCCGGCUUGGGUUUCUGGCCCUAGACUUGCGGUUACGUGGCUCCGCCCCGCCCCGGUCUGUGGCCGCCUUCUCCCCGGCCCCAGCCCCCGAGGUGUCCCGACGAUCGUUUAUUCCCUCGACGUACUUUACGAAAAGAGCGAAGGAUCCAGCGGCGGACCCGGGCGUCCUUCCCCCGGCCUCAGCGUCUGAUGGCGAGGGAGCACAGAAUGAGAUGAACAGAUCGGUAGAAUUCUAGCUACAGAGGAACAAGUUAGAGGCCGGCAUGGUUUGCAACUGGACCCUGACCCAGACCAGGAAGGCAACCUGCAUCAUGUGGUUACCAACUGCUCUUCAUUUACCUAUUGAUGCCUCCCAAAAAGAGACGCAGACAGUCCCAGAAAGCCCAGCUGCUGUUUCACCAACAGCCACUGGAGGGCCCCAAACACCACUAUGAAUCUUGCCAGCAGCCCAUUACCCACACUGUUCAGGUGCCCAGCAAGCCCAUUGAUCAGAGCACCGUCAAUUCCUGGGUGUCACCCCAGUUUGAUGCAGCAGCGGAAAGCCGGUUUCUGAUACACCGGAAGCAUCACCGAGACCAGGCAAGGCGCCCAACUCGGAGAUCUGCCUGCAAAUUUCCACGUCUAAUCUUUGAGAGUCCACAGUCUUCCAGUUCAGAGACGCUGUUGCUAUCCAACCGAGUGCAGCCCCAGAACUCAGAAAAGGACCCACCCAGAAGGCCUUUAGUGCCAUUGUUCAGUCCCCAGAGCUGUGGAGAACUGUCAGUGCAUGUACCUCACAGUUUACCUCAUGUGUUCACACCCCCUGACAUCCAGACCCCAGGGUCUUCUGUAAGAGACGAUCCCAUUUCCCCAGACCAGAAGGAAAACAGUUUUCCAAGCUGCAUCCUUGGCCCUAGGACUCCCAGCAGCCCAGAGCCGGGGCCUGUUCUCGUCAAGGAUACCCCUGAGGAGAAGUAUGGGAUUAAGGUCACGUGGAGACGCAGAAGGCACCUGUUUGCCUACCUUAAAGAGAAGGGGAAGCUGGAUAGAAGCCAGUUCCUUGUGAAGAUCUGAAAGGACUGCACAGACUUCAGUUAAUCCCAGAGCUGCUGUGGGGAGGUUUCUCGAGUCAUUUCUGGUUUGAAAGGAUGAAAGGGGAUGAACAGCAAUAGGAAGACCACUUAGCCAGAGUUGCAGUUCAGUUUCUAGGGUUCCGUCUCGCACCAGGAACCGUUGAAUUUAGUGUCAUGAACUGUUGGUAUUUUUCUCACAUUAACUGUUUAAACCUCUGAAGUAUCUUGUACUGUUUACAGCGUUUGUAAAUAAAUGGCUGCCGAGUUUUUAGAGAACCCAGCCGUUGUCAGUAA